AUGGGGAAAUCAAGGCUCGCCUUCUUCACCUGUAAGGCCCUGCCACAUAAGAAUUCUGGCACUGCCACUGGGAGCGAUGUGGCUUCUACGACCAGUGCCAUUUCUACUACAGAGUCACCCGCCCCUGAGCAUAUAAUUGUUGAAACAACACCAGUAAUGAUAGUCAUUAUUUUUGCGGUGAUUGCUGGUGUCAUUGGAAUUAUCAUCGGAAUUGCGAUCCUUAUUAAGCGACUGAAAAGGAGAAGUCAAAGACAACAAAGUAUUCUUGAACUUGAAACUUCUGAAACUCCUAAACAAUCAGAAGGAACAGAAGAUCCAGAACAGCAACCGAUGACAGGCGAUUCAACAAUUCAAGCUUCAGGAGAAGUCGAAGACAAGACUUCAGCCAUGUGAAAAAUAAACAUGGACAUUUUGGUCAAGUGAAAAAUGAACAUGUCAAAAAACCAAUAUGUUGUAUACCUUCCCAAAUUGUACAAUUUCAGGAUAAAAAUUUCAUCAUAAUGAGUCCAAUGACAAAUGUUUUCUUUCAUGCUUGCUUUUGUAUGUUAACACAAUUUUUAUAAUUAAAUGACUUAGAAUUCUUAUUCAAAACUUUAGUUGGCUUCGUCCACAGUUCUUUAAGACUGACAUUCUAUUCUUUGGCAUUUUAAUGAUUAUGCUUUCAAAUGAACAGUUUUGUAACAUCUAGAUAAAAUCUAAGUUUUCUUCUCAUUCUAAACUUCUGAGUCUAUUUUCAUUAUUUUGAAUAAAUUAAAAGGAGAGCAAAAUGCUAUUAUUUCCUUCAUUGCCGAACAGGCAAUGAUGUUUUAAUCACAUUAAAUGAUGUUUUAAUC